AGGAAACAAUGGUGUUUGAGACUCACUGUAUGUCAUUUCCAUAUACUGAACUCUUGUUAUUCAACUAUGCCAAGAUAAAUUAAAUUUUUAAUUCUAGGGCACCUUUAACUCGUUUAUCACUCAGAGAUUCUUAUAGCCCACCUUUGAGUUUAUAUGUGCAAAAAACAAAAACAACUAUGAAAAGACAUGCAUUGCAGGUUGUCAGGGAGUUCAGUGGUCUGAAGAUGACUGUCUACUUCUGAUCUGUCUCUUUAUCUACGUCAAGAUCAGGAAGUUCUCAUUUUCAGAUUUUCUCACUAGCCUAUAUAAACAGAAACAGAUUAGAUGUAGGGCUCAGACACUUGCUGUCUUGUGUGGACCAGUCUGAAGAGUCAUCAAGGAACUUGCAUUUUUAUUCUGAAGAUGCAGCUCUCAUUAGUUUUCAGAGCUGUGCUGCUGCUUUUUCUGCUUGCCCUUAUAAUAGGUGUGGAAUGUAAUUCCUCUCAGAAAAAGCCUAAAAGAAAAGGAAAAUCAAAACAUUUAGAUGCUAGAGGUGAAAAGGACAAACUGUGGUUCGUCAUGGACUCAACUCUGAACAUGUCAAUGACUGCCUCCCCGUCUCCAAGCAGAUCUAUGUCACCAUGGACAUAUGAAACUUCCUUUGACAAUUCACGAAUCCCAGUGCAAAUCUCUGAGGCAAAAUGUGAAAAAAGACGCUGUUUAACUAAAGAUGGUAAAGAAGACUGGGGACUGGAGUCUAAACCCAUCUACUAUGAGAUCAUUGUUCUGAGGCGAGUGAAGGACAAAAACGCGACAAAAUACGCCCUUAAACUGGAGACUAAAAUAGUUAGUCUAGGCUGUACAUGUGUUUUACCCAUUGUUGUGCCUCAGAGUUAAGCCUAUACUGUGCUUCUAAUUGUGUACUGCUAUAUUAUUAUUGUAUUCAUCUGCCUAUAGGUACAGAAAACUUCUGUUGCAAUCUUUUCAUGAGCUUUGUAUUUAUUGUAAUCUCGGUUAAUAAAAUAUUCUAACAUUUGUUGAUUUUCUUAA